ACGUCAUUGGUGGGAAGGACCAAUGGGAACCGGGACGAAGGCAGAGGAGGAUGGAAAACACAAAACGACACAAAAGGGCUGUGUGAUAGUCGAUGUCAAAGUUCAAAAUGCUUUAAUGGCGGACGGCUCAGAAUUGCCCGUCGCUUCCUCUGAAACUGCGGGAAUAGUCAUCGCGGUUUUGUCGAGUUUCGUCAAUGGCUGCACGUUCGUGCUUCAGAAAAAGGGGAUUCUCCGCUCACGUGAGAAAGGUGUGUCCUAUGUCACUGACCUCGUUUGGUGGAGUGGCACUCUGUGCAUGAUAAUUGGACAAAUUGGGAACUUCCUGGCGUACAAUGUGGCCCCUGUGGUCAUAGUUACGCCUCUAGGAGCCCUUGGCGUUUUGUUUGGAGCUGUGCUGGCCUCCUGGAUCCUGGAAGAACAUUUGAACAUCCUUGGGAAGUUGGGCUGUUUGUUAUGCUGCUGCGGCUCCAUUGUGCUCAUCAUUCAUUCCCCCAAAGCAGAAGCAACUUCCAGAGCAGAGUUUGAGGAGAGGCUGUUUGACCCAGUGUUCGUCACUUACAUCCUCCUGGUGGUCGUCCUGCUCAUCGUUCUGAUCGUGUGGAUUGUUCCAGCUCAUGGCACAUCCAACAUCCUGGUGUACGUCAGCAUUUGUUCCCUCCUGGGGAACUUCACAGUACCCUGCAGCAAAGGACUGGGCUUGGUGGCCCCGGAUGCUUUCGGGGGAGGCGCAGCGAGCGGCGAGGCGCUGGCUCUCCUCCUGGGCCUUCUGGGGACGCUGGCCGUCAGCAUCCUCACACAGUUCUACUUCAUCAAUAAGGCGCUGGAGUGUUUCAGCUCCAACAUUUUUGAUGCCAUCUACUAUGUGGCGUUCACAUCCUCUGUGAUUUUUGCGUCUGCGAUUCUCUUUAAAGAGUGGACUGCACUUGCUGUAACCGACUGUCUGGCCAUGCUCUGCAGUUUAACUGUGGUGUGCGUCGGUGUGGUUUUACUACGCAUUUCCCAGGCCGCUUUGAUUUCCUGGAGGAAGGAGCCAACCAAGGAUAAGAUGAACUAAUGAAAAAAUUUAUUUUUUUUAGUGAAUUUAACUUGUAUGUGUUUUCUACUUGCUAUUAUUAGCUUAUUCCUUUAUUUCUCAUCAAAGAUUAUCCAGAAGACUUGCAGUUAUGAUGUCAGCCUGAGCCAUCUCUGGCUAUAAUCACAUAUGUGGUAAAACGUAGUUAAUAAUUUAACUGUCUCUCCUCUAAAUAGCCAGCGCUUCCCUCAAAGCUUUAAGAGGAAGUCUCUUUCUCCCAGUGCCCAUCUGUCUUCCUCCUCCACUUUGAUUUAUUCAGUUUUCUUUGAAUUAUUCAAAGACACCUCGUAGCAGACGGUCAUCAUUAUGGUUUGCUAAUUAACUUCUUGUGCUAUAGUUCUUUUGGGAUUGAAAUGCCAGUUGUGUAUGACUAAUAUGUUAUCUCUCCUGCUAGCUUACAGCCCCUCAUAACCCAAAGCUAAUAUUAGCGGUGCAGCAAAAAUGACGAGCAAUUUUGGAUCUGUCCAGCCGUACAGGUUAGAGUCAGAUGUCAGACGAGAAAAACAAAGACCUUCACGGAUCUAGUCGUCUACAAGUGGAGGCAUCAGAAUGGAGCUUGUAGCUUCACUGCUACAAGCUUUUUCAAACUGCAUUUUUUUUUUCAUCUGCUACUGAUUCACCACCAUUUGAAUUUUAGAAAGCAGUUUUAAUCUAAGGUUCUUUAGUCCAUGAUGAGAACAAAAUGCUACUACAACAAAAAGAUUUUCAUUGUAGAGGGUCUGUAAAAAUUUCAGGUGGCCGGUAAUAUUGACAAUAGUUAAAGUACAUAUUAAAAAACAUAAUUUUAUUUUGAAUUUAAAACUAAAUUUCUCACACAUUCAUAAACUCUUUACCCAGAGAGUCUAUGGAAGUGUUUUUGUCUGUGACAGAGCAGAAAAGUCCAAAUGAGAAAGAAGACUGGAUUAGGUUGUGACCUAAGCUUACUGAUGAAUAAAAAUAAUUUCAUAACUUUCAUAACAGCAGUCAAUUAUGAAGGCUGUUCAGUAAUUAAAUAGGAAGGAAAAAGAUUACCUUUAAAAUAAAACAAAUGAAGAGGGUUCAAUUCACUAUUGUGCAUGGGGUUUACUUUAAAAUAAAGAAACUCAGAUUUUUAGAGGAAUGAAAAGAUUUUUUCUUAACCAUGUUGUAUUAACCACCUUAAUUUGUAAGGGGGUGUACACAAGCAGAGGUCUGAAACCUUAAACAGCAAAAGAGCCAAAAAUACUUUUUAUUUAUACUUUUGUUCCCAUUGAGUUAUCCAUUUAUAAAAUGUAGCUUAUAAAUAUUUAUAGUAAAUACAUUAUAAAUGUUUUAUUAUAUUAUUUUUGACAGCAGCACAAAGAAGUUCCUUUCAAAAUAAAUCCUUAACAGUGGUCAAUAAAUCUUACUGGUGUAAGAUCACCUAUGUUCAAAAAACUAAAUAAAUGGCAAAA